UCCCGUAAAUGGUCAGUCCGUUCGUAGCCGUGCUGCUGUCAACGCGUUCAGAAUGCUGUCCUUUGCCGUCCUCUUUGCCUGUGCUGCUCUGGCGAGCGCCCAGUUCCAGUGUGGACCCGACGAUGGGUUCUUCAGAGACCCCGUACAGUGCGACAAAUACUACGACUGCUACAGAGGCGAACAAACCGAGAAACUCUGCCCCGACGGUCUGGUGUUUGACUCAUCAGUGGGACCCCGCGUAGAGCAGUGCAACUACCCCUUCAUCGUCUCUUGCCCUGAGGGCGCCACUCUUCAGCCUCCCCAGCCAUCAGGCAUCGAGUGCCCGCGUCUCAACGGCUACUUCGAGCAUGAAGACGCGGCCAACUGCGACCAGUACUACGAGUGCACCAACGGCCUGGCCGUGCUCCGGACCUGCGCCACGGGGCUGGUCUUCGAUGAGUUCACCGGCACCUGCCAGUGGGAACACACCGGCAUCAGGACCGGCUGCGGCGUCCGCGUCGAGGUUCUGGAGGACGGGUUCUCGUGCCCCAACUCCACACAGGUCCACACUAACGGCCACAUCCUGGACCACGCCCGCUACAUCAAGCCCGACGACUGCCGCAGCUUCUACAUCUGCAUGGAGGGCAAAUACCCCAGCGUGUCAGGCUGCCCUGAGGGCACAGUCUUCAACGACCUCACCCUCAACUGCGACGACCCCGCUAACGUCCCCGGCUGUGAAAAUUAUUACGCCGAACUCGGUGGUGGACCCGCAGCCUAAGCAACCAAUCAGCGGCAAGAUUCACCCCCCACCC